CACAUAGCGAAGCCCAACGCUUAACCUGCGCACCACAGGAGAUCCAUUCACCCAAAAUAGAAAAGCAAAGAACAGAGAAGAAAAACAGAAACGAGCUGAAGUAAAAAGGUUUUCGGACGAGUCAGACUCAGUCCUUCCCAUUUCUACACUCAAGUCAGAAUCCUCUUCCAGAAACUCUCCUCCGGCCGGAGCGCAGCGCACCUGAAGCAGAGACGAAACCGAGCUGGAUGAGAUUCUAGUCUCAACAUGUAUAUAAAACAGGUAAUCAUUGAAGGGUUUAAGAGUUACCGGGAGCAAGUAGCCACCGAGACUUUCAGUCCAAAAGUCAACUGUGUUGUGGGCGCUAAUGGAUCUGGAAAAUCGAACUUUUUCCAUGCGAUUCGUUUUGUGCUAAGUGACCUCUUUCAAAACCUGCGAAGUGAAGAUAGGCACACUCUACUGCAUGAAGGUGCUGGACACCAAGUGUUAUCUGCCUUUGUGGAGAUUGUUUUCGAUAAUUCAGAUAAUCGCAUCCCGGUGGAUAAGGAGGAAGUGCGUCUGCGUAGAACAAUUAGUUCAAAAAAAGAUGAGUAUUUCCUGGAUGGAAAACAUAUUACGAAAACUGAAGUUAUGAAUUUGUUGGAAAGUGCUGGUUUCUCUCGCUCAAACCCGUAUUAUGUAGUGCAGCAAGGAAAGAUUGCAUCGUUAACAUUAAUGAAAGAUUCUGAGCGUCUGGAUUUAUUGAAAGAAAUCGGUGGAACACGAGUAUACGAAGAGAGACGUCGUGAAAGUUUGAAAUUAAUGCAAGAAACAGGCAAGUGCGAGUUUAUUCAAUAUUCAGGAAAUAAAAGGAAGCAGAUAGUGCAAGUUGUUCAAUACUUGGACGAGAGACUGAAGGAACUGGAUGCAGAGAAAGAUGAGCUGAGGAAGUAUCAACAGCUUGAUAAGCAGCGUAAAUCUCUUGAGUACACAAUUUAUGAUAAAGAACUCCAGGAUGCUCGGCAGAAAUUGAAAGAGGUUGAGGACGCUCGAAACAGGGUAUCAGAAACUUCAGCCAAGAUGCAUUACAAUGUGUUGGAUGCCCAUGAAAAGUCUAAGGACUUGGACACACAAAUGAAGGAUCUCACGAAAGAACUUCAAGGAUUGAAUAAAGAGAGAGAGGCUGUGGAGAAGCAACACAGUCAAGCAAUAAAGAAACUGACAGAGCUUCAGCUUGAUGUGAAAGAUAUGCAAGAGAGGAUGUCAGGAGCUAACCAAGCCAAAGACGAUGCGGGGCGCCAGCUGAAAAGUGUUGAAAAAGAAAUUCAAGAUUCGGUGAAGGAGCUUGAAAAAAUUAGCCCAUCAUACGAGGAACAAGUUCAAAAAGAAAAGGAGAUUACAAAAGGAAUAAUGGAUCGUGAGAAGCAGCUUAGCAUACUUUAUCAGAAGCAAGGUCGAGCUACACAAUUUGCCUCCAAAGCUGAUCGUGACAAAUGGCUUCAGAAGGAAAUUGAGGACCUGCAACGGGUCCUUUCUUCAAAUUUGGCUCAGUUGCAGGAGAAAAAGCUUCAGCAGGAAAUUAAUAAACUCAAUGUGGACUUAGCAACUCAAGAUGCAUACAUUACGGAUCGCAAGGCUGACAUUGAAAAAAUUCAGUCUCAUAUUUCUCAGUCACGAAAAGGAUUCAGUAACCAUAAAGAUCAGAGAGAUAAGCUGCAUGAUGAGCGAAAGGCAUUGUGGGGAAAGGAAAAUGCCCUUGAUGCUGAAAUUGAUAAGCUGAAGACAGAACUUGAGAAAGCAAAGAAGAGUCUUGAUCAUGCGACUCCUGGUGAUGUUAGGCGAGGACUUAAUUCUAUGCGGCGUAUCUGUAGAGAACAUAAUAUCACAGGGGUUUUUGGGCCAAUUAUCGAGUUGCUUGAUUGUGAUGAAAAGUUCUUUACAGCUGUGGAAGUUACUGCUGGAAAUAGCCUUUUUCAUGUGGUCGUUAAGGAUGAUGGAGUGUCAACCCAAAUAAUCAGACAGCUUAAUGCUCAGAAGGGUGGACGAGUUACGUUUAUACCUCUGAAUAGGAUUAAGGCUCCAAGGGUGAACUACCCAACAAAUUCUGAUGAUGUGGUAGCCCUAAAAAAGAAGUUGAAGUUCAAGGAAAGUUUCGACCCUGCAUUUCAACAGGUAUUUGGUAGAACAGUGAUAUGCCGAGAUUUGGAUGUUGCCACAAGGAUUGCUAGGACUGAUGGUCUGGACUGCAUAACAUUGGAAGGUGAUCAAGUAAGUAAGAAAGGUGGUAUGACUGGUGGAUUUUACGACCACCGCCGCUCAAAAUUGAGGUUCAUGAAUGCUAUCAUCCAGAAUCAGAAUUCGAUACAAGCGAAAGAGAAAGACCUAGAGCGGAAAAUCACAGAGCUGGUAACAGAGCAGCAGAAAAUUGAUGCUGAGCAGGGACAUGAUAAAACAAAAUUGGAGCAGCUGAAGCAGGAUAUUGCUAACGCCAAUAAGCAAAAGGAAUUGUAUUCUAAAGCUCUGGACAAGAAGGAAAAAUCGAUUGCGGAUGUAAGGAACCAAAUAGAGCAGCUUAGAGCCAGUAUGGCUGUGAAACAGGAUGAAAUGGGCACAGAACUCAUUGACCACCUAACGCCAGAGGAAAAAAACCUUCUAUCGCGUCUGAACCCCGAAAUAAGUGAUUUAAAGCAGGAGCUCAUCAGGUGUCGAGCAGAACGUGUUGAGACUGAAACGAGAAAGGCAGAGUUGGAGACUAAUCUUACCACUAACCUCAAAAGGAGAAAACAAGAACUGGAAGCCAUUUUAUCCUCUCCAGAAGAUGAUGCGUUGAAUACCGAUGCUGCAUUGAAGGCACAGGAAUUAGAGGAAGCUGAAUCACUGGUGGAUGCUGCGAAAGAGGAGCUCAAAAGAGUUUCUGCCACCAUAAAUGACAUAAAGAAGCAGCUGAAGAAGAUAAAAGAUGAAAAGAUAAAAUUGCAGACAUCAGAAGAAACCUAUGAGAGGACACUCCAGGAAGAAGCUAAGGAACUGGAGCAGCUACUGAGUAAAAGAAAUGUACUUCUUGCUAAGCAAGAGGAGUACUCCAACAAAAUUAGGGAAUUGGGUCCACUUUCAUCUGAUGCUUUUGACACGCAUAAGCGAAAGAAUAUCAAAGAGUUGCAGAGAAUCCUCCAUAGAUGCAAUGAGGAACUACAAAAGUUUAGUCAUGUAAACAAGAAGGCACUAGAUCAAUAUGUCAAUUUCUGGGAGCAACGAGAAGAACUUCAGAAAAGGCAAGCUGAACUAGAUGCAGGUGAUGAGAAAAUCAAAGAGCUGAUAACAGUUCUGGAUCAGCGGAAGGAUGAAUCUAUAGAGCGUACUUUCAAAGGUGUUGCUAGGCAUUUUCGAGAAGUGUUUUCUGAACUUGUCCAAGGGGGUCAUGGCCAUCUGGUUAUGAUGAAGAAGAAGGUUUGUGUAGACAAUUUUCAGUUCAUCAAAAUUUGGAUUCUUCGAAUUGCUGAAGUGCUGGAUAUGAUUUGGUUACACCCCACCCCCCUCAAAGGCUAGGUGACUGAAUGAAGUUUACUAAUGCCUUGCUCUAAUUUUGCCUCUUUGUACUGAUGUUUGGCUCUAUAACUUUUUCUCAAUUAGUGUUUUCUGAUUUGCUAAUCCCAAAUGCAUUCUGCUUGCAAUGGUUGAAGUCUAUGCUUGGAUUUAUAGCGACUAUAACUUGCUUUUGAAUUUCUUAUAUCAACUACUUACAUAGGACGGUGAUCAAGAGGAUGACGACGACGAAGAUGAUGGGCCUCGUGCAGCUGAUUUGGAAGGCAGAGUAGAGAAAUACAUUGGUGUGAAAGUAAAGGUUUCUUUCACAGGGCAAGGAGAGACACAGUCGAUGAAGCAGUUGUCCGGGGGCCAGAAAACGGUCGUUGCUAUGACAUUGAUCUUCGCUAUACAGCGUUGUGACCCUGCUCCUUUCUAUCUUUUCGAUGAGAUCGAUGCGGCACUUGAUCCCCAGUACCGAACAGCGGUUGGAAAUAUGAUACGCCGGCUGGCUGACAUGGCAAGCACCCAAUUCAUAACGACGACAUUCAGGCCGGAGCUGGUGAAAGUUGCUGACAAGAUAUAUGGGGUGACACAUAAGAACAGAGUGAGCCGGGUGAACGUCGUGUCCAAGGACGAUGCCAUAGAUUUCGUGGAGCGCGACCAGUCCCACAAUGCCGAGUAGAGGGUACGAGGCUCUGCAGUUUUCCUCUGGGAAAUAGCUAACCAUGUAAAUGGUAGAAGUACAAAAGUAGGAUGGAAGGAGGGAAGCGUGUUUAUAUUGCAGUUGACCAAGGAACCUCUUUAUGUUCCCUGGGAUUACUAUCUACUGUUUCUUCUGUGCUUAAAGCUAAAAUUGGUAUUAGUCAAAGUUGAUGUAGUAGACCUGGAUUUCAAGGCAUCCACAUAGACAUAGUUCAACUACAAUCUCGGCUAAAUCUACUCUUGCAGACUGGAUUUAUAUCUAAUUCAUAUUUCAUACAGCAGAUCAUGCCGGUGCCGCACAUUCUCCAGAUCCCGUCGUCUCCUAUCCCGCAGUACUGGCCGGAAGACAGUCCAGCAUUCAACACAUGUACAACCACCACUACUAUUAGGGGUGGCUAUACGUUCCGGCCAGCCCUAACUACUUUUAAUAUUGCUACUUUCGUAGUUAACCUCUCCAUCAUCAACUUGUUUUCUUCUCUCUUUUCCUUUGUGAAUUGUAGGAAAGUAGAUAAUGGGAAAGGAUGGGUUGAUGUGGCCACAACAAACAUGGAUGUAUAUGUACGUAUUUAUACUCGUACGUAGAUGCGGAGGUUGACGAUGGAGUUUGGAAUGUGCACGUUUCUGUGAGUGUAUUCUAUUCGGAGUUCAGGGUAUCUGGUAUGCAUUCCAUUUGGUGGCAACGGUUUCGAUUGACAAAAUGUAAUCUAUGUUUGGGGGCUUCUUUGUCGUCGCAUGCCAAUAUGCGGAUUGGAAGGUGGACACUGAUGUGGGAUAUUAAUUAUUUGUCCAAUCGAGUGACGGUAUUUACACCC